AUGCUCAGGGGUGGAUGUGUCUACAGAACUGCCAGCUGGAAGGAGGUGGCACGGGAACUCCCGGGUGAUACUCUCGGCCUCACACCCGUGGGGAUGGUGCCAAAGACGCUGCAGGGAUCCCCGAGGCUGGGCAAGCUGGAGGAAGGACGAACACCCCCAGAUCUAGCCAGGACCUCUCCUGGCAUCGCCCUCAGCCCUGAGUUUCCUCGCCAGUCAGCAAGAGCGGGCUCGGCGGCUGCUGCAGCGCUCAGCGCCGGGGCCCUGCCGGAGCCGGGUCUAGCAUGUGCCGCGGCUCCCCGGCGGCGGCGGCUCCUCUGCAGCAACGGCAGCAGCAGCGGCCGCCAUGGCCAAGCCCAGCGCGGAGCUCACCCGCGAGCUGCAAGGUACGAGGCUGCGGUGGUCUCCGGGACGCCCCGUCCGGGAGCAUCCCAGACCCAGUGCGUUCCUCCCCGCGGUACACCCCAGCCCCGCUGCCUCCUGCCCUCCCCGCGCCCCAUGCAUUCCGGCUCCAGGGCGGUCCCCUGCCCCUGCAUCCUAGCUAGGGGCAUCGCUGUCCCCCGAGCAUCCUCCGCUGCCCGCCUCGCCUCACCCUGUCAGGACCUUCCAGUCCCAGAGCCGCCCGUCCCGAUCAUCGACAGCAUCAGGAGGUGCUUAAGCCAAGGGGCUGUGCUCCAACAACAUCGGGUGAAGCUGGAGACGAAGCCCAAGAAGUUUGAGGAUCGAGUUCUGGCCCUGACCUCCUGGCGCCUCCACCUCUUCCCCCUUAAAGUCCCAGCCAAGGUGGAGAGCUCCUUCAAUGUCCUAGAAAUCCGCGCCUUCAAUACGCUCAGUCAGAACCAGAUCCUAGUGGAGACAGAGCGUGGCCUGGUGAGCAUGCGGCUCCCAUCGGCUGAGAGUGUGGACCAGGUGACACGACAUGUGAGCUCUGCCCUCUCCAAGGUCUGCCCUGGCCCUGGGUGUCUAAUCCGUCGUGGAAAUGCUGACACCCCAGAAGGGCCCCGAGACACGUCCCCUAACUCUGAGACUUCCACAUCGACCACUCACAGUGUCUGUGGUGGCUUCUCCGAGACCUAUGCUGCCCUGUGUGACUACAACGGACUGCACUGCCGUGAGGAGGUGCAAUGGGAUGUGGACACCAUCUAUCAUGCCGAGGAUAACCGGGAGUUCAAUCUUUUGGAUUUCAGCCACUUGGAAAGCCGAGACUUGGCCCUAAUGGUGGCAGCCCUGGCCUACAACCAGUGGUUCACCAAACUCUACUGCAAGGAUCUGCGGCUGGGCUCUGAAGUGUUAGAACAGGUGCUACAUACCCUGAGCAAGUCGGGGAGCCUCGAAGAGCUGGUGCUGGACAAUGCCGGGCUUAAGACGGACUUUGUCCAGAAGCUGGCCGGGGUGUUUGGGGAGAACGGGAGCUGUGUGCUGCAUGCCCUCACUCUGUCCCACAACCCCAUCGAGGACAAGGGUUUCCUCAGUCUGAGUCAGCAGCUCCUCUGCUUCCCCACUGGCCUCACCAAACUGUGCCUGGCCAAGACUGCCAUUUCCCCUCGAGGGCUCCAGGCACUGGGCCAGACCUUCGGGGCCAACCCAGCCUUUGCCAGCUCCCUUCGAUACCUGGACCUGAGCAAGAACCCUGGGCUGCUCGCCACAGAUGAGGCCAAUGCCCUCUACAGUUUCCUGGCCCAGCCUAAUGCUCUGGUGCACCUGGACCUGGCAGGAACCGACUGCGCCAUUGACUUGCUUCUGGGAGCCCUGCUCCAUGGCUGCUGCUCCCACCUAACCUACCUCAACCUGGCGCGCAACAGCUGCUCCCACAGGUGGGAGCACAAAGGGCACAAGGAGGGAUGGGGUGAGCCAUGGGCAUCCCCCUCCCUUGCUGACCCCGGGAGUCUCUGCAGGAAGGGCCGAGAGGCCCCGCCGGCCUUCAAGCAGUUCUUCAGCAGCGCCUACACACUGAGCCACGUCAACCUGUCGGCCACGAGGCUGCCCCUGGAGGCCCUCAGGGCACUGCUCCAGGGCCUCUCCCUCAACAGUCACCUCAGUGAUCUGCACCUGGACCUCAGCAGCUGUGAGCUCCGCUCAGCAGGAGCCCAGGCUUUGCAGGAGCAGCUGGGGGCUGUCACCUGUGUGGGCAGCCUGGAUCUGUCAGACAAUGGGUUCGACUCGGACCUCCUGACACUGGUGCCCGCACUUGGCAAGAACAAGUCCCUCAAGCACCUGUUCCUGGGCAAGAACUUCAAUGUCAAGGCCAAGACCCUGGAGGAGAUCCUCCACAAGCUGGUGCAACUGAUCCAAGAAGAGGACUGUUCCCUGCAGUCACUGUCAGUGGCGGACUCAAGGCUGAAGCUCCGCACCAGCAUCCUCAUCAAUGCCCUGGGCAGCAACACCUGCCUGGCUAAGGUGGAUCUGAGUGGCAAUGGCAUGGAGGACAUCGGGGCCAAGAUGCUGUCUAAGGCCCUGCAGAUAAACUCCUCCCUCAGAACCAUCCUAUGGGAUCGAAACAACACAUCUGCCCUGGGCUUUCUGGACAUUGCAAGGGCCCUGGAGAGCAACCACACACUGCGCUUCAUGUCCUUCCCCGUGAGUGACAUCUCCCAAGCCUACCGCAGCGCCCCGGAGCGCACCGAGGAUGUCUGGCAGAAGAUCCAGUGGUGCUUGGUGAGGAACAAUCACUCCCAGACAUGCCCUCAGGAGCAGGCCUUCAGGCUGCAGCAGGGCCUGGUGACCAGCAGCGCCGAGCAAAUGCUGCAGCGGCUGUGUGGCCGGGUGCAGGAGGAGGUUCGGGCCCUGAGGCUGUGCCCCCUGGAGCCUGUGCAGGAUGAGCUGCUUUAUGCUCGGGACCUGAUCAAGGACGCCAAAAACUCACGGGCGCUGUUUCCCAGCCUCUAUGAGCUGGGCCAUGUGCUGGCCAAUGACGGGCCUGUACGGCAGAGGCUGGAGUCAGUUGCCAGUGAGGUGUCCAAGGCUGUGGACAAGGAACUGCAGGUGAUCCUGGAGUCGAUGGUCAGCCUUACGCAGGAGUUAUGUCCUGUGGCCAUGCGAGUGGCUGAGGGGCACAACAAGAUGCUGAGCAAUGUGGCUGAGCGCGUCACUGUGCCCCGGAACUUCAUCCGAGGGGCGCUGCUGGAGCAGGCAGGACAGGACAUUCAGAACAAGCUGGAUGAAGUAAAGCUCUCAGUCGUCACCUACUUGACCAACUCCAUAGUGGAUGAGAUCCUGCAGGAGCUGUACCACUCCCACAAGAGCCUGGUAAGGCUUCUGAACCCCAGCCAGGCUCAGGCACACUCUCCACCCCACAUCAUCCCAUCUCCCCCAACCAACCAUCCCCCAAAGCCCCGGAAGGUGAGCAGCUUCCUUGGGAACCUGUUCACAUCUGUCCUUCCCCAGGCCCGGCACCUGGCCCAGCUAAAGACACUAUCAGAUCCACCAUCGGGGCCAGGCCAAGGGCAGGAUCCGUCCUCCCGGGGCCGAGGCCGGAACCAUGACCAUGAGGAGACCACAGAUGAUGAACUUGGGACCAACAUCGACACCAUGGCCAUCAAAAAGCAGAAACGCUGCCGCAAGAUCCGGCCAGUGUCCGCCUUCAUUAGUGGGAGCCCUCAGGACAUGGAAAGCCAGCUGGGGAGCCUGGGGAUCCCGCCUGGCUGGUUCUCAGGACUCGGAAGCAGCCAGCCCACAGGCGGUGGCUCCUGGGAGGGUCUAUCCGAGCUGCCCACUCAUGGCUAUAAACUAAGGCAUCAAACACAAGGCAGGCCUCGGCCCCCCAGGACCACACCUCCAGGACCUGGUCGGCCCAGUGUGCCAAUAACUGGGACACGACAGGAGAAUGGGAUGGCCACCCGCCUGGAUGAGGGGCUGGAGGAUUUUUUCAGCCGAAGGGUCAUGGAUGAAAGCUCCAGCUACCCCCGGACUCUGCGGACCCUGCGGCCAGGCCUCUCAGAGCCGCCGCUGCCUCCACUCCAGAAGAAGAGACGCAGAGGCCUGUUUCACUUUCGCCGGCCCCGGAGCUUCAAGGGGGAUAGGGGGCCAGGGUCCCCCACCACUGGGCUCCUCCUCCCUCCGCCCCCACCCCCACCCCCAACUCAGGAGAGCCCCCCAAGCCCAGAUCCCCCCAGCCUUGGCAAUAAUUCCUCCCCCUGUUGGAGCCCAGAGGAGGAGAGCGGCCCCCUCCCUGGAUUUGGGGGGAGCCGGGGGCCUUCCUUCCGCAGGAAGAUGGGCACUGAGGGGGCGGAGCCAGGGGAGGGGGGCCUGGCCCCUGGGACAGCACAGCAGCCAAGGGUCCAUGGUGUUGCCCUUCCUGGGUUGGGAAGAGCCAAGGGUUGGAGCUUCGACGGGAAACGAGAGGGUACAGGCCCAGACCUGGAGGGCAGUGUCCAGGCUUGGCAGAAACGGCGCUCUUCAGACGAUGCAGGGCCGGGAGCCUGGAAGCCCCCACCACCACCCCAAAGCACCAAGCCAAGCUUCAGCGCCAUGCGCCGAGCAGAGGCCACGUGGCACAUAGCUGAGGAGAGUGCCCCCAACCACAGCUGCCAGAGCCCCAGCCCAGCCUCUCAGGACGGGGAGGAGGAAAAGGAGGGGGCCCAAUUCCCAGAGAGGACCGUUCCCACUAGGAAUGCCAAGCUGCAGGACCCCCCUUUAGCUUCACGGCCCCCCAAGCCAGUGGCUGUGCCCCGGGGCCGCCGGCCCCCCCAGGAGCCAGGGGGCAGGGAGGAGGCUGAGGCUGGGGGUGCAGUCCUAGGAAUGAACAAACCCCGGCUGAGGCUGGGCUCACAGCAGGAUCAAGAGGAGACCGAGGUCCAAGGGCCCCCAGAUCCAGGCCGCCGGACUGCCCCCCUGAAGCCCAAGAGGACGCGGCGGGCACAGUCCUGUGACAAGCUGGAGCCUGACAGAAGGCAGCCCCCUGACCCCACAGGAACCAGUGAGCCAGGAACAGACUGACAGCCGCUACAGCACCCUGCCCAGCCCUCCUCUCAACAUGUGCCUCACAAGGACUCAGACCCCCACCCACCCCCCACACCUCCAGGCCCCUCUGCCAGCCCAUCCCCCAGGGGCAGGAUGGCAGGAUGAGGCCUGGGGACAGGAGGUGGGGGACAGGAUGGGAGAGAGCAACCUGGAGAGAGGGAGGCAGAGCUUGGGGCAGGGCCGUCUCCUCUCCUGGAAGGGCAGAUCUGUCCCUCUAUCCCCAGGGACUCUCUCCCUCCUUGUAUAGAAUUAAAAAAAACAAAAUCACUGCCUGCUUUGUCUCUGCUGUCUUCCCCAUUCACUGCCAC